AUGAAAAAAAUAAAGACGACCUCGGUGAGGGUCGAACUCACGAUCUUGAGAUUAACAGUCUCACGCCUUAGCCAACUUGGCCACGAAGUCGUACUUUAG